AUUUCAGGUCAUUCACGACCGCCUCACAUAGCGGGCGGGGCCUAUCCAGGGAGGGACGCACGUCACUUCCGUUCCUUGGUGGAGAGCGCUGGCGCUGGACGGUGGUGGCGGUUGGUGCGACGGUUGCUGGCAGCCUUCGAGGGACAAUGAGCGACAGCGGGGAACAGAACUACGGCGAGCGGGAAUCCCGUUCUGCUUCCAGAAGCGGAAGUGCUCAUGGGUCCGGCAAGUCUGCAAGGCACAGCCCUGCAAGAUCUCGAUCCAAGGAGGACUCCAGGCGAUCCAGGUCAAAAUCUAGAUCCAGGUCUGAAUCAAGAUCUAGGUCAAGGAGGAGUUCUCGUAGACACUAUACAAGAUCACGCUCUCGUUCCCGCUCUCACAGGAGGUCCCGGAGCAGGUCUUAUAGUCGGGAUUAUCGACGACGACACAGUCACAGCCAUUCUCCUAUGUCUACUCGUAGGCGUCAUGUUGGAAACAGGGCAAAUCCUGACCCAAACUGUUGUCUCGGAGUGUUUGGAUUGAGUCUAUACACCACAGAAAGGGACCUGAGAGAAGUGUUCUCCAAGUAUGGCCCAAUUGCUGAUGUUUCCAUUGUGUAUGACCAGCAGUCUCGGCGUUCAAGAGGAUUUGCAUUUGUGUAUUUUGAAAAUGUUGAUGAUGCAAAGGAGGCUAAAGAGCGUGCCAAUGGAAUGGAACUUGAUGGGAGAAGAAUCCGGGUAGAUUUCUCCAUAACAAAAAGGCCUCACACCCCUACACCUGGAAUCUACAUGGGGAGACCAACUUAUGGCAGCUCCCGACGAAGAGAUUACUAUGACAGAGGGUAUGACAGAGGAUAUGAUGAUCGUGAAUAUUACAGCAGAUCUUAUAGAGGAGGUGGUGGAGGAGGAGGAGGAGGAUGGAGAGCUGCCCAGGACAGGGAUCAGAUCUACAGGUAUUCUUGGAUAGGAUUUAGUAUCCAAAGAACAGUAGAAAUGUUCAUGAAACAGCCUGCCUAAAAAAUUCAAACAGCUGAGGCCUAAUGUACAUCUGAAAGCAUUAAAAGAAAGUGGAAUAGUCACUGGUGAACAAAUACAAUUCUUCAGCGAGCCACAGAACUCAUUAAAACAGAAGGCCACCGGGUUAAAAUUAUAUAAGCUGGUGAUUGAGUUUACACAUAGAAAAUUCACAAUCUGUCAAAGAGUUACGAAUUUUUCAGUUACUCUUAAACUAUUCUGUGGACUUUAGUGCUGGGGGACAGGACCCAGUUGGGGG